AUGGAUGACACAGCGACCUAUGGCUCACCUAGCAACGGUGCUUCUCCCGACAGCAACCCGAUCCUCGCGCAGCCUCCUCUACGACCCGAUUCAGGCGCAGGCGAUAGUGAAGAUGUCCAAAUGUCCGAGGGGUUGGCUACCGAGUCAAACAUCAAACAGGAUAGCACAACUCCUGCGCCAGCUCGUGGCGACGAAGAGAUGAACGAUGCGCCCGCUGACGAGGCCGAGGCCAAAGCCAAGGAGGAUGGAACCACUGGUACAGAUGGCCAGGAAUCCAAGUCAAAGGAAGUUGUUGAGUCGGCUGCUCGCGAGCAUCUUAUGACGCAAACCCACGCGAUCGUUCUCCCAAGCUACAGCACUUGGUUCGACAUGAACGCCAUCCACGAUAUCGAGCGCAAGGCCAUGGCGGAGUUCUUCAACAACCGAAAUCGAAGCAAGACGCCUGCUGUUUACAAGGACUACCGCGAUUUUAUGAUCAACACAUAUCGCCUCAACCCCGUUGAAUACUUGACUGUGACAGCCUGUCGCAGGAACUUGGCUGGUGACGUGUGCGCAAUCAUGCGCGUCCACGCCUUUUUGGAGCAAUGGGGAUUGAUCAACUAUCAGGUCGAUGCCGACCAACGUCCCUCGCAUGUUGGACCACCUUUCACUGGCCACUUCAAAAUCAUUUGCGACACUCCCCGAGGUCUCCAGGCAUGGCAGCCCUCUGCUGACCCAGUCGUCUUAGAGGGCAAGAAGAACCAAGAUACGGACCAGAAGGCUACUGCAGCUACCCCUGCCAAAGGAGAGCAAAACCUCGAGAUUGGACGAAACAUCUAUGAAGCCAACGCCAAGAGCACCCUUAUCAGCAAGACCGAGGGCAAACCCAACGGCGAAACACCAGCUACCAAUGGCAUGCCCGGUGCGGAUGAUGCCACUAAGACCCCUAUCGCCAAGGUUCAUUGCCAUCAGUGUGGCAACGACUGCACUCGGAUAUACUAUCACAGCAACCACACAGAUGCCAACCCCAAGGCCAAGUACGACCUCUGUCCUAACUGCUUUACUGAGGGCCGUCUGCCUGCCAACCAUAACAGCAACAUGUAUGUGAAGAUGGAAAACCCCACUUAUACGUCCACCCUCGAUCGCGACGCUCCUUGGACAGAUGCCGAGAUCCUGCGACUCCUCGAAGGACUUGAACGAUUCGAUGAUGACUGGGGUGAGAUCGCAGAGCAUGUUGGCACCCGCACACGAGAGGAGUGUGUUCUCCAGUUCCUGCAACUAGACAUUGAGGAAAAGUAUCUGGACUCGGAAGCUCCCAUCAAUGCACCUACCGGGUUGUCUAUGCUCGGUCCUCAACAGGGGCAGCUCCCCUUCAGCCAAGUUGACAACCCAGUCAUGUCGGUUGUUGGAUUCCUUGCUAGCCUGGCAGACCCAGCUAGUACAGCGGCUGCUGCAAACAAAUCUGCUGAGGAGCUCAAACGCAAGCUUCGCAAGCAACUGGACGGUGAUAAGGGCGAUGAUGAAUCCCAGGCCAACGGGGACGGCAAGUCAAAGAAUGACUCGAUGGAUAUUGACCUCCGACAAGAAACCACGACAACGACUACUACAACAACCACAACAAAGACCAGUGCACUUGCAUCCAUUCCGUUAGCCUCGAUAGGUGCACGCGCUGCAGGAUUCGCAUCUCACGAGGAGCGAGAAAUGACACGCCUGGUGUCUGCUGCCUCUAACGUCACACUACAAAAGCUCGAGUUGAAGCUUAAGUACUUUGACGAGAUGGAGGCAGUCUUGCGCGCGGAGCGACGAGAACUCGAACGUGCUAGACAGCAGCUGUUCUUGGAUCGAUUGACUUUCCGACGAAGAGUUCGGGAAGUACAGGAGGGCCUUAAGGCUGCCGCUGCUGUCGGGGGCGAACAAGGCGUACGACUUGCCCAGGAGGCUAUGAACGAUGGCGAUCGGUUAAGUUUCCAGGCUGCCCCUGGCGCGCAAGCUGUUCCCCCGCCUAGUAGCGAUGGUCAGAUCAAGAGCUACGAAGCUUGA